AUGGAAAAGAGAAACUGGUGUCAUUCAAGGAAACGAAAGCAAACCAACGCUCACAAGUUUGGUAAACGGCGCGUCAUCGUCUUCCGUAAUGGAGACUGGCCUUUCCUCUUUUACCCCGGAUUUUACCUCGUGUGGGAUCUGCGGUACCGUGUUAGAUCCACUGCUGUUUGGCCCGACAAGUUUUCUGUAGGAGAGUAA